CAGGGGCGUUGCACUCCCCCGCUGCGUCGGGCUCGAGCCACCAUGCCGUCUGACCCCGCGGAGAGCGCGCCAGAGUGCGAGGGCCACGGCCGCGCGGAGGGCGCUCUGGAGUGCGCGGCUCGCGCGGCCUGCGGGGGGGCGGGCAGCGACGAGCUUCCCCAGGGCGCGGGCGAAGGAGGAGGCAGCGACCCCGACGACGAGCCAGGCCCAUCUCGAGGCGCCGACCUGGACCCCGCGGAGGUGGCGGCGAGCCUCGGCAGCGUGUCGGCCAGCCUGCAGGAGCAGAUCUCGGCCAUCUCGGAGGAGAUGGACCGGAUGCGCUCGGAGCUGUACGGCGAGGCCGGCCUCGGCGGCAUCGCGGCGGAGCUCGAGAGGCUGAAGGCCGCGGGCAUGGGCGACCUGAUGGGCGGAGUCGGCGACGGGGGUGCCGAUGCGAGGCACGGCGCCAGCUCACAGGCGCGGGGCGGCUCUGCGCUGCGGCAGAGGCGGCGCGUUGGGGACGGUGAAGGCAGCGAGUACGAGGACCUGCGGCGCCGCGUGGCUGAGCGGACGGCCUCUGCAGGUCAGCGCAGGACGGAGCCUGGCGCCGUUCAGAUCACUCGUGGCUUCUCGCUGGUGUUGGGCACGGCGGCGGACUGCUGCUGA